ACAAAACACAGCACGGGACGUGACGACUUCAAUUGUUAAACCCGUUAGAACUUCCAAGAAUUUCUGUUUUCCCGCAGCCACGCGGCGGAGGAUAGGACGUGCGAUCGAAUCAGUCAGCCAUUUCUUACUCGCAAAUUGUUUAUCUCGCUCCCUCUACAUUCCGCCCUACCUACUUUAAGAGUGGAUUAAUCCGACAGUACUCGCAAGUUGCCCGCGAAACGGACACCUGUGAGUUGUGUACUGUACGGUACAUGACGUAGGAAUGGGACUAGAAGCUUUCUUUAUAUUCAGAUGGGUGCAUUUCCGGUACCACGCUAGCUAAAAAGUUACAGACAAGAAACCCUACAGAACAAGUACAGCUAAGGCUUCGUACGUUUAAUAUUUUUCUCUAACACACAUUCUUGGUUUAGGAGUGGGUCGUCAUCGGACGAGUAUCCAAUAAGAGUUUUCGCAAGUUGAAAGACCCGGUUUGAUUCGCCGAUCGGUCGGCUAAAGACAGAAAAACGGCCGACGGGCAUAGAAACGGUGACGUCAACGGCAGGGGAACUUUUCCGUGAGAAGCUGGAGAACAGCUCCCAACAUCCCUGGGCCGCGUCACGUGGUACGAGCCCAUACACGCGCAUGCGCGGUGUCAUUGUGAGAGUAAUACUUCUCGACAGUUUUCUAAAGUCUCAGAUCAGUUUCAAUCUUGCGAGAGUGUGCACGUGCCAAGGCUCUGUCCCCCCGUCGUACCCGCUUCUUCGGGUCAUCCACGCUGCCCUUCGCUCUUCUUAUCGUCGAUGAGGAAGUCAACACCGAAAAAAAUAAGAAAAUGAUGCGAGUGGCAAGUUUUUUCACGUGAAUACUCAACGGAACAAUGCUUCAUCCCAGUUAUCCUGUCUGACGAUGUCACCCGGUAUCAGCAAUCUUAGACAAGGAAAAAUCGUGUUCGUCCCACCAUUAGGAUUUAAGGAUUAUGGAAAGGACGAGGAAUAUAAAAUAACUUCUGUGAUAACUGAUGGACCAAAAAUAGAAAAGGGACCAAAUAAAAAGAAAUAUACCGAUAAUAGUGAAGCCAAUUCCAGUGACAGAAAGAGAAUUUGUGUGGAUAAGGAUACCGCUGAUCCAAAAGAAGUGUUGUGUUGUCCCGUUUGUGACGAAAGAGAUUUUCCUACUCCACAUUCCUUUACAGUACAUAUUAGGAAACACAACAUCGUUAAUCAGUCUAACACGUGCAUUGUGUGCAAAAAGAAAUUAAGUUCGGCAAGUUCUCUAGAUCGUCACAUGCUCACUCAUUCGGGUGAGCGCCCUUUUCCAUGCAAAUUCUGCGAUACUGCAUUCACUACUAACGGUAAUAUGCAUCGUCACAUGCGUACCCACGCUGACAAAGUAGACGUUUCAAAAUUUAAGGUUCCGACCAAGCGUAAAGCCAUCUCCGAUGCAGAAUCCGUGCCUGUAGUAAAGAAAGCGAAUAUAGAAGAAGAUAAAGAGUGUAAGGAGCAAAUUAUGUGUCCUGUUUGUUGUCAGACGUUCCUUAGUGAAUGCGACCUUCAAAGUCACAUGGUAACUCAUCCUAACAGUCCGAUUAGAUGUCCAGAAUGUAGUGUAAUUUUGGACGAUUAUAAUUCAUAUACCAAACAUCAGUGCCUUGUAAACGAUUCGAAUAAUGGAAACGGAAACGAACUUCCCACUUCGGAAUCUUUUGUUGGUUUCCACGAUGUGGUGGAUGGGGUAAUUGCUCUUUCCUUGAAGAAAUUUCCGCUUAUAGCAGAAGCUCAAUGUGAAGAGAAAAGUAGAAAACCCAGCAGUGCCUUUCAUAAGUACGAGUGUAAAAUAUGCAAUAAAGCAUUUCCCUGCCCGAGAACACUAAAUCAACACAAAAUAGGGCAUUUAAAUAAGAGUGGUACUUAUUGUCCCACUUGCAAAUGUCAUUUCCAAACUCCCGAAUACCUUUACGAGCACCUGUUUAAGCAUAGAUCGACGGAACACUUCUUUCCAGACAAUUACGCGCAGCAAUUUGAGACAACAAAAAGUGAUUUUUUGGUACUUUUUGGUUUGAAGACGACAAAUUUUCAAAAUCGUUUUAAAACCGAUCUGAGUUCCAUCAAAGAAGAAAAACACUUUGAAAGUUUGUCGUAUUUCCUAUAUGGAAAACAGGAAGAACCGUCGGCUUUGAAAGAAAAAAAUGAAUCCGAACCUAACAAAGCAAAUCCCAAUAGCAGUGAUUUCGCCGAUAUUCAGUCAAUCAUAUCUUUAACUUCUAAAGCUCCAUUGAUGCCUUCUAUAAGAUCUUCACCCGUCACUGCCACUCCAGCCUCUCCUCCUCAGCCUCAAAUUGUCUCUUGUCAACAUCCGGAAUCACCGCUUCUUGCCGUAUCUGCACAAGCAAGUCCAGAGACGCCUCAAAAAGAGGAAUCCGACUUAAAUGCCGAUAAACAAUUUGCCAUUAAUGAUAAUAACGAAGAGAAGAAAAGUGACGAAUCUAACAAUGUUCAGAAAGAUUCGGGAAAUUAUAAAAACAAUGCUCAAAACAAACCCUUUCCGUGCAACAAAUGUAACUAUUCCAGUUUGGAUAAAGGUACAUUAAAACGUCAUUUAAGAACACAUAAUAACGAACGCCCUUUCCAAUGUAUCAAAUGUCGUUAUGCCUUCACGACAAAAGCCAACUGCGAAAGGCACAUAAAACACAGGCAUAAAAUUUUCAGGAAGGAGGACAUUGCACGUACUGUCAGAUAUAACCCGAAUAUGGUAGAAAAUAAAGACUGCGAUGGGCCUUCUGCUGAGAACAACAACCCGGAAACCAUAUGCAAAUAUUGUUAUACUGAUUUUAAGAAUCAGAGAGUUUUAAGACAUCACAUUCGCUCAGUAAAUAAUAGUUGUAAACAUAAGCCUUAUCUUUGCAUUCUGUGUAAUAAUGGAUUUUCUACCAAAAAUAAUUGCAUUAGGCAUAUAAACAAACAGCAUCCCUAUAUGAAAAAUAAAGCCAAUCAAGCUGUUAGGCUGACACCCAAAAGUGAUACCUCCGAUCACGAAUCUACGUAUUCUGAUGCCAACAAAGAAAGUAGCGAACAACCUUUGAAUCUUUCGCUCAGGCAGUGUUUGAUGCCCAGUGUUGAUUGCGGAUACAUCGAGCAGCAGAGAUACGAGGAUAUAGUAACCGCAGUCACGGGACUGGUUUCCUUAUCAGGAGUGUGUCCUCCCGAACAGAUAGAACCACUUGAUCUAAGUGUUCGUGCAAUAGAUUUAACUGCAAAGCCGAGUGUUAGCUACACGUAUAAUAAUACGACAACAAUGAUAAACGACAACUACUCUUUGAGUUUUAGCACCGAAACUCAAAUUUCGUCAGUUUUAUCUGAACAUAUAAUGGAAAAGUCGUCUCCAGAAGUUAAAUCGAUUGACAAACUCGACCGACCUUACAUUUGUAACUAUUGCCCGUCUGGAUUUACUAUAAAGUCAAACAAGGAUAGACAUAUUAAGAACAAGCACCCAGAAUUUGCUAGACCCACUAGAAGUAGGAAUUAUAUCCCAACUGUUACAAAUAUUGAGAAACAAAAUCCCUCGGUAAAACAGGAAACUAAAAAUGCUUUGAGACACGUUAUAAAUAAUAAAUUAACUAGUCAGCAAUAUACGCCAACAUCAAAAGAAUGCCACACUCAAGCUUUUGAUUAUACAAACAGCGCACUAAUAGAAGUAAAAGCUGAAAAUUCGGAUGUUUGUAACGAAGAUUUCUUAAUUGCUGGAAAGAGUAAGGAAAAGGAGACAGCAAUCGAUUUGGCCAGCAUUUCUGAUGUAAUUGAUACUGCUAACUGCCAAGAAUUUAAAGUGUUUUUGAAUGAUGCACGUAGCGAAGAUAAAUUAGAUGGCAACAAAAGUAAGAAAAUCGACAAAACUGACGAGAAAGACGAUAAAAACAUACCAAAUUCGAACAACGAUGUCAAGACUAAUCGUAAGAAAAGGAGUUCUUACGCAGAUUCUCCAAAUAGCAUCGCUUGUCCCUACUGUAAAAGAACAUUCCCCUGGAGCAGCUCGCUUCGUAGACAUGUCCUAACUCAUACUGGACAGAAACCAUUCAAGUGCCCGAAAUGUCCUGUCUGGUUCACUACAAAAUCAAAUUGCGAGAGACAUUUAGGACGUAAACAUAGCACGGGUAGUGAUUUUAGCAGCAGAAGUGUACCGGAACGUCCAUUUAAGUGUAAUUUAUGCACAAGUAGCACCUUUUCUACUCAGGGCAAUUUACGUAAGCAUUAUUAUCUUAAACAUCGCACCAAAACUGGCUUCGGAAAAGAUCAUAUACUGGAUCUUUUAUCUCUAUCUAAGUUUCAAAGAGAGAACUCUCAGAAGGACGAAACAAAUUGUGCCAUCAGAAAAGCCAGCCACGUUGGAGACGAUUCGCAGCUAAGCCAAUCAAACACCCAGGAAAAUAAUGCUUUGUUCUGUUGCCACUUGUGCCACAAAACAUUUCAAAUAAAAGAGGACUAUUUUGCACACAUUCAGGAUCAUUACAACAGUGAUUCCUACGACUUCGUUCAGGAAAAGCAAGAAGAAAACGAAUCGAAUAAUAGCAGAUCUGUACAAAUCAGUUGCGCAUUUUGCCCCGAAAUUUUCGAUUCCGUGGAUCACUUUACCCAUCACAUGGUCAUCCAUAUAACAAACAGCAAGUCAUCGUGUUUGGCCCCUCACACUAGCACAGAUCGUGAAGUUUCACAAGCUAUGGCAGGUUCGUCUGUUCGCGACAGGAAUCGAAGCCCAAAUUCUUUAUUAUACUUAAUGCAGUCGAUUAACAACACGAGGCCUGAUACACAAACUGUGACACAAGCUCCUCCAGCGCAAGAGAACGAAGAAGGCACGGAUUUUUUGCAGAGGCUGCUAGGAAUCCACGAUUCGAAGAUGAUAGACGAGAUGUUGGAUUCAGCAGAUUCGGCUGCCAGAUUGUUAGGGGUCCAAAAAGAGUAAGUCGUCAUUUUCUACAUUUUUUGUGUAAGAAAACAACCAGGACUGAACCUUAUCUACACGAAAAGAAUUCUUCUUAAUUGUGUUUGUCACAGCUUUAUAAAUGUUAAUAAUCUCAGGGAUUUAUUCAUAACUCAUAUCAUACAUCCUCCAAGAAUUGUGCAAGGACUUUUUUUAUUUUUCACAAAAUAACCAAUGAUUAAC